CAGUCCCCAUUCAGUUUAUGGGACAAAAAUGGGACAUCAGGACCUGCAGGUGGUCAGGAACCAAAGUGAAGCUCUGGGAUCUCCGGUCGGAAUGUUUUACAUUUUAUGCAGAGCAUCAGUGAUGAAGUUUCCAUGGCAACAAGGAUCUGCCCCACUCAACCGGCCUUGUAUGCUGUGCUGAAACGAGAAAAGAAAAGGAAAACACACCGCCAGAGUCUGUCUACUGACAGUGACCUCUGACCCCCCCGCUGGAAUAUCGCAAGAAGACAAAACAUCCUGUUGAAUCACAGCAGUUUGCAGUCAGCUGUCAGCACUGAGGACUGAACCAUGAGGCUGGGGAAAGUGGGGGUUGUGUCCGUGUGGGAGGGGUGGUGAGUGCGAGUGAUGGGGGGGGCAUGAGCCUGUGUCCUAAUCCCUCAGGUUUGGCUGCAGCUCGGCCUCGGGAUAAAGUGUCAUGUAGACGCCGGACAUUUGAAAAUGCUACUUGGAUUUCUUUUCUAAUGCCUUUUUUUUAGAAGUCUUUCAUGAUUAUGAACGUCCGCUCUGGCUCAGCAUGCAGCACGGUGCACAUCAAGGGAGGUAACAGUUGACCAGUGCAGCGCCCGAGGCCUUAAACGUGAGAGCGAACCAGCAAAGACCCGACUUUUCCUCUGACACCUGGGAUCAAGAAGGCUGCCGCAGCGCUGAGAGUAGCUCACGGCUCGUUGGGAGGAUUAUGCCAUUAUAGCUGACAAGUUGAGCUUCCUCAGCAGACCUCAGCUACACGACAAAGCCACCCCCCGCCAACCAUGGAUGACCCCUAUCAGAACAAUGUGAACCAGCAGAUGACAGAGGGUGGAGAGUACACCUACACCCAAGACGGAGGAGGUCAAGAUGGAUACCCUUACCAGACAGACUACCCCCAACAGGACGACGAUGCCGCCAGUGACGCCACAGAAGGGGCCGACGAGGAUGACCAGAUGUAUGAAGGGGAGUACCAAGGCAUCCCCCACCCCGAUGAGAUCAAGGAGGCCCGGCGGGCAGCUCGCUUGGAGGCCAAAAGGAAGGCCCGCCAGGCGGCGCAGCAGGAGGAGGAGGAGGAGAACCUGCCUGAGCAGUACGAGACCAUCAUGGAGGACUGUGGUCACGGACGCUUUCAGUGGAUGCUGUUCUUCGUGCUGGGGCUGGCACUGAUGGCGGAUGGCGUGGACGGCUUCGUGGUGGGUUUUGUCUUGCCCAGUGCAGAGAAGGACAUGUGCAUAUCCAACGCUGACAAAGGACUGCUGGGUCUGCUGGUGUACGUGGCCAUGAUGGUGGGCGCUCUGGUGUGGGGCGGUCUGUGUGAUAAAAUGGGAAGGAGGAAGUGUCUGAUCUACGUGCUGACCAUAGACCUGGUCUUCUCCUUCCUGUCCUGCUUCGCUCAGGGAUACGGCUUCUUCCUCUUCCUUAGGUUCUGCUCCGGAUUCGGAAUCGGUGGCUCCAUCCCAAUCGUGUACACCUACUUCACUGAGUUCCUGCAGAUGGACAAACGAGGAGAACAUCUGAGCUGGCUCUGCAUGUUCUGGAUGCUGGGAGGCCUGUACGCCUCCUUCACCGCCUGGGGGAUCAUUCCUCACUAUGGUUGGGGCUUCGCCAUCGGAACUCAAAUUCAAUUCCACAGCUGGAGAGUCUUCAUUCUGGUGUGUCUCUUUCCUGCUCUGGCCGCCCUCAUCGGGGUCGUCUUCAUGCCGGAGAGUCCGCGUUUCCUGCUGGAGAAUGCACGCCACGAUGAAGCCUGGAUGAUCCUGCGGCGAGUUCAUGACACCAACUGGAAGGCCAAAGGAGAGCCGGAGAGAGUUUUCACUGUGACCAACAUAAAGACCCCUCAAACUCAGGAGGACGAGUUCAUAGAGAUCCAGAGCGAUACUGGAACCGCCUUCCAGCGCUGGACCGUCCGGAAAAUGACCAUGCUGCAGCAGGUGAUGGCCAAUGUGAUGUCUCUGGCUGCUCCGGAGCUCAGACUGCAGGGACUCUUCUUGGUCAUCGUUUGGUUCUGUAUGGCCUUCAGCUACCACGGUCUGGGAGUGUGGUUCCCCGACAUGAUCAAAUACAUGCAGUACGAAGAGUACGAGUCCAAGGUGAGAGUGUUCCAUCGAGAACGCGUGGAACGCUUCCACUUCAAUUUCUCUCUGGUCAAUCAAAUCCACCGCGAGGGAGAAUACAUCCACGACAAGUUUGCAAACAUCGAGAUCAAGUCCGUGAAGUUUGAGGAUUCUUUGUUUGAAAACUGCUACUUUGAGGACGUCAGAUCGACAAACACUUUCUUUGAGAACUGCACCUUCAAAAACACCAUGUUCUACAACACGGAUCUGUGGCAGGAGAAGUUCAAAGACUGUCGGCUGGAAAACACCACCUUCCUCCACCCCAAAAAAGGCUGCCACUUGAACUUCCAGGAGGAAAACGACAUCGUCAUCUACAUGGUCAGCUUCCUGGGCAGCUUGGCUGUGUUGCCCGGCAACAUCAUCUCUGCCCUGUUCAUGGAUAAGAUAGGAAGAAUCCGCAUCAUAGGCGGUUCAAUGCUGGCCUCGUCGGCCUGCACCUUCCUGCUGCUGCUAAGCUUCAGCCAAGGAGCCGUAAUAUGCUGGCAGUGUCUCUUCUACGCCGUCAGUGUGGCAGCUUGGAACGGACUGGAGGUCAUUUCAGUGGAGCUCUACCCCUCCUCUAAAAGGGGGACGGCGUUCGGCAUCCUGAACGGAAUCUGUAAAUUUGCGGCCAUCAUCGCCAGCUUCAUCUUUGCCGCCUUCAUCGGCAUCACCAAGAUCAUCCCCAUCUUCCUGGCCUUCGCCGCCCUCGUCUGUGGAGGCCUGGUGGCUCUGAAGCUGCCUGAAACUCGGGAGAAAAUCCUCUCCUGAAAAGCCAAACUUCUUUCUGCUUCGGUGCCCCCCCACCCCGGCCACAGUCCAGCGGAAACACACUUGAGGGAACUGAAAACAGAAAGACGAGGAGGCUCUGCUGAGUUUUGUUUCUGAGUGUUUAAAAACGGUUAAAAACCUGUCUGGUUGCCUACAUGAACCCGUGGUUUCUUUGUGUUUCUAGUGAGCUACUCUGAUGAAAGAAUCUAGUCCGUGUCCUCGUCUGUCCUCCCAACAUCUGUUGUGUUUGAGGUUUGUGUAAAAGAUUUAAAAAAAUGAGAUGAAAAGUGAAUGGUGAUGUAGUUCCUGUUACCAUGUCGUACUUUGGUUUCAUUCCCUCCCUCCCGAGGAGCGACAGUUUUACCAAAUGCAGCAACAUUUCCCACAAUUCAUUGCAUUCAUCCAGUUUGUAUGUAUUCUGUGCAGCCCUGUUGUGUCUGUAGUUUUCUCUGUGGAUUUAUUCCUGGACCGACACAUUUAUUAAAUGUCAUUAAUUCCUUUUUCGGUUGUCCCAGCUGAUCCAAAUUUGUCAUUAACUGUGAAUUACUUUUUUUUUUUAGAUUAUAGUCCUGUCACUCUGUCACCAUGAAGUGUACAAAACUGCUCUUUAAUUUGUUUUUUCUAAAAAAAAGAAAAAAGAAAAAAAAGAAACAAUAAUGUGAAAAAACUGAAGUUAGACGUUUUGAUAUCUCGUUUUAACGCUGGGGAGAACUUUCUGCUUUUCUGACAACAUGUGUCAAGAUUUCUAAGGAGCAUGUUACUUUUUGUGUGUCUGAGCAGAACACGCAUGUGUGUGCGUGCAUGUGUGUUUGUGUGAGGCUGUCAUUCACUGGUUUCUGAUUUUACUGCAACAUUCUGACACCAUCACUGUAUUUGUUGUUGUACAUAUAGACCUGUGUACAGUAGAUGUACCAUAUUAGCUGCAUCAUGACUUGAAUAAAGCUGAGGGCUUGUGA